AUGUUUAUGAAGCUCAUCCCACAUGUGGGAGAUUUACAAAUCCAUGAUUAUAACCAAGCCAUUCCUUCAAGUCAAAGAAUUCAAUACGAUGAAAUAACAGCAUUUUCAAGGGAUACUUCCCGUAGAUUUUCGGAAAUUAAAAACAACGCAAUAAUUCUUGCUACUAAUUCCAAUGGGAUGCAUUGGGAAAUCAAAACUGAGCAAUCACAUAAUUCAGUGACUUAUACUCGCUCACAACCAACUGUUUCUUCGAAUCAAAGAGCCCUGAUCCCCCUCAAUGAAAAUUUUCGGCUGUCUAAACGGUAUCACGAUUCAAGUUGUUCGAAUGAAAACAACUUCGUCGCUUCAAUGAACAAUGACUCCGCUAUAUCAGCUAUGCCCGAUAAUCAAGAGAAUGUUCCUGAAUCGAGUACCUCGAUAUCGGAUUUGCAACCAUUUGAAAAAAGAAGGCGGACACAAGCAGAAGAAGCUCUAUCAUUCACGUCUCCUGAUAAAAUACAGGAUAUAAACUUCGAUCUUCUUAAUGAUGAUACUCUUUCUCCCUUCAAAAAUUCUAUCAUCCCAGAUUAUUUUGUGGUUCAGACACCAUCCAAAACUCUCAACGCUUCUGACCAACAGUCUUUCCAUCUCUCCAGUCCUAUUUCUGAUUUCAACACUCUGGGUAUUCCGACCUCCAACGCUAAACGAAGAAACAAAGAUUCAUCCUUCAAACCCCGUGCACUAUUUCAGGAUUCGGCACACAGUCUGCCCAAUACUUCCUCUCUGCUUUUUCCGCCUCCACGAACUCCAAUAGUACCAAAGGCCGUUGGUUAUGGUUCACAAGUAAGGAGGUUCAAUGUAAUACCCUCUUCUGCACCUCGACAACAGUCAAGUUCAACAGUAAAUUAUCCCCUCCACCGUCCAAUACCUUCAAAUAGUGAUUCCAUAGCUAUAUCGACUGCGAAAAUGACAGUUUGGAAUCGUAUGGCCGCUAAUUCUCCUAUUGCACCGAUUCGAACAUCUUCACCGGUUAUCACUAUUCCUCAACAGAGUACAUCGUAUCAGAGACUUCAACCGCCCAAUCCUUCACCUGCUAAACACAGGUUAGCUUAUCCCGCCACAAGGAAUCCAGAGUUUACAAUCAGACGUAUUCUGCAAAUAUCACAUAGCAGAAAAUGGCGACGGUUUGCUCUGGGAGAAAACCGUUCUGCUCAAAUGAUGGUACAACUGGCGCGUCAAAUGUUAGGGAAGCAAUGA